ACUGAAACACCUAGCAUGUUGUUGUUAUUGCAGCUAGGGGGGUUUUACAUAUGGACAUACACUUUUCACUUGGUAAAGAGUUCAUCCAUUAAGUUUAAGGCACUAAGAGCCGCAAAAGAGGAGGCUGCAAGGGAUUCAAACGACGACUUAGAAGCUGAUGUAAAAGCCCAUCUUCUCAACGGAGAGAGUGAAGGGUAUGAUGCAGAAAGCCAUCCUGUAUCACCUAAGAAGGAAAGCGAGCCCCUUUGGAGGAAGAUAAUCGAGUUUCUACACCUUAUAUUGGAGGAACUAAUGGCACCUCCUAGCGCUGGUGCAGUGAGUCUCUCUUCUAUCUAUAAACAUAAACUUUUACAGACUUUGUAUGGUGAAAUAGCAAUGUAUGUAGCACCUUGCAUUAAUCUGCUUGAAAUGCUACUACUAAAUGUUCAAGACUACCUUAGAAAAAUGAAGAGAAUGCUAGGAGAAUUGGUGAUGCAAUUGGAAAAUAUAUUGACAUGGAUAAAACUGAUGUUAUCGGAAUUAAUAAAUCCUUAA